CCCAAGUUCCCCCGGCCAUCUGAGACAUCUCUCGCCUCGCCUGGUGCCGACGGUCCGAGUCCAGUCCUCUCCAGCGCCCACGCUAGCUUACGGAGUAGCUUGCACGUCUUCCACGCCUUCCACGACUCGCACGCCCCGCGCCAGCCCAACCGUUCGACAUGUCGGCUCCCUACUGGGGCCAGCUCCCACCCCCCGAUGCGGGCCAAACCAGAGCCCGCCGCCUGUCCGACGACCAGGCCCAAGACCCGCUGCCAGGUCGCCGCCAGUCAUUGGACGCCCCGGCCCAGGCUUCGAGGUUGAACCGCAUCUCAGUCCAGACUACAAAAUCCGAUGCGACGACUGAUUCAACCCGCAGUCCCCUUACGUCGCCAACUGCCUCGAGCUUCCACGGCCAUGGUCUCACUCCCCGCCCGCCUUCCCUGCCCUACGGAACCGACCAGUACCCCCCGGAACUGAUCGAGAAGCGUCGCCGACGCAGGAGCCGCGCCCAAGAACAGGACGCCGAGUAUGCGUCUCUGACCCGCCCCCCGCCCCCCGCCGCCCCCGACGCACCGCGCCCUCCCCCUCCGAGCUCUCAGUACCCGUACCCGUACGCCAGCGGCGCACAGCCAUCCUCCCCCCCGCAGGGACCAUUCCUCGCCCGAGGAACUGGGCGCCAGGACAGCCAGAAGGAGAACGAGGGGCGCAGAAACCAGAAGAACCAGCCCUCAGACCACGCCCGCAACAUGCACGAGGAAUCCAUCAAGUUGGCCCCCCAGAGGGUCGCCACCGAUCCCGCCCCCGGCAGGAUGUCUCCUCUGCCCAACGGCCGGCAGCGGAGGCCGUCUGCUGCCGAGCAGUCGCUGCAGAGGAGCACCAGGAGGACAUCGACCACCAGCAGCUCCGCCGCCCGGCCCAAAACGUUCGCAGACGUCCGCUCACCGCUGCAGAGGCUAGAGCUGACCCUCGACGGCAUCUCCAAGGGGGACAAGCGGGCGCGUGUCGAGGCGGCCGAGAGGGCUGCCCGAGAGCGGGCCGCCGCUAAGGAGGCUGCGGCCCAGCACCACCACCCCGACGGGAAUCACCAGCAGGCGCGGGCCCGCGAACGACGACCCUCGGUAGCAGCGGGAGAUGCGCCCACCACCACACCGAUCGCGCCGACGAGGCCCGCGCAUCACGCCGCCGCGAAGGACGGGCCUCUCUCGCAGAACCCUCCCGACCCCACGACGGGUGGUAGCACGGCCGGGCCGGCCCCCAAGGCAUCACCGCCCGACUCGCGGAUUCCCGUCCCGGUCCAGUCGUCCGGCCUCCCCCAGCGCAAUCUCAGCUUCCGCGACCGCGCGGCCAGGAAUGACAUGAAGAUACCGAAUGGCCUCGAGUCCCUCCCAUCGGAAGAGGCUGCUGCCCCUCCGGCGGGCCCCAACGGCCGCACCCCGCCGAGAAGUGGUAGCAACAAGUUGAAGAAGAACCCUCCGGCGGACGCAUGGCCGAACCGCAUCUCGGAAUCGGACGAGAUUUACAAGACGUGGGAGACGGCCGCGCGUAGCCCACAAGCGGCGGGCGGACCUGCCAAAGCCGUCCCCCCUGGAGCCGCCAACCCCCCCGGGCAUUACCCAUCCGACCGUGCGUUUCGAAACGCACCGACCGCGGAUUCGAACUCUCUCGAUGACGAUUUCGCGGAGGAGUUCAUGCUGUAUUCGUCUGCCGGCAAAUUGACCAUGGCGCCGGGCCAGAGGAAGGCCGACCAGGUCCUCGGGCGUGCUCCGACGCAGACGGCCGCAACAAGCGGCGAUGCGCCGACCGCCGUGUCCUUCAGGGCGAUGUCCCCCCCGCCUGCUUCCUCCGACCCGGCGGCUUAUCCUCGGGCAGCGCCCCCCGCAGACAACCUCGGCCCCGGGGCUCCCACCGAAUCGGGCGGCCAAAACGAUGCCAAUGGGACCAGGCACCACCACCACCAUCACAUGUCCGACAUGGUUUACCACGCCCGCGAUAAGUUCCAGCCCGGCCAGGGCGUGUUCAAGCCGACGACCUUUCUGGACGAAUGGAAGAAGGGGACCGUCGGGGUCCUGUCGGGUAACCUCCUCGACCUCGACCAAGCGCAGCCGCCCGCAGUAGAGAAGAACACAGCAUGGUGGGAGGGGCCGCAGACCCGACGGCGGAGCGACAGCCUGUCGUCGCGGCCAAAGAAGGCAGAGGCGUUCGAGGGAGAAUAUGACGAGAAGAGCAACGGUACGCGUACCCCUAACCAGCAGGCAGUCUACCCUAGCAUCAGAGAAGUGCAGAGCGGUGACCAUCUAUUAUUGUCCACCAGUGACUUUGGUGGUGGUCUCCCGUUCGAGCCCCAACACCUUGCUCCGCGCCGAGCAAAGGCCCGAGCCAAGCGCUGGGACGGGCUGCGUCCCUUCAGCCCGAGCCCUUCCGCGAACGACUCUCAAGACAGUCUGGGCUGCUUUUCGUUGUCAAGCAACGAUGCUGCCUUUUCCCGAAUCGCACUGCCAUACUCUUCCCCGACGAGGUUCAAGCCCCCUCUCUAUCUCAAGUGCGGCCCGCUGUUGAGAUUCUGUGGCAUCCGGCGCGAGCGGGUGCCCGCCCGGUCUGCCCGGGCCGGCGCUGUCAUCGACCGGGAGAUCUGGAGGGGCUCGAUCAUGAUCGUGACGACAGAUGCCGACUCGUCCUACGACAUCGCCCCGAUCCUGAGGUUGUUUGUCCAGCCGAUCGAGCUGCUCCCGCCGCCGCCGAGGGAGGUCCGGGGCGACCUGGCGCCCGAGUACAUCGACCCGAUCGCCGGGCAUCCCAAGCUGGGCCGUAAGGGCGAGACUCUGUACGUCCGGCCGGUCGACCACCUGGAGGAGGCCAAGGACCUCUCGAGGGACGAGACGGACGACGGGCUGUUCGAGAAGUCGAGGAGCCCGCCCGAUGUCCCCCUGCCCGAAGGCGUGGUUGAUCCCCCGGGCUCGUUCGCCGCCCGGAGGAAGCGGGCCGAGAUAGACGGGGAGAAGGUCGGCAAGUACAAGGACAUUCGCGGCUUCAGGCUGCACGCCGAGCGCGGCUACACCUUCUGGCGGUUCAACAUCGAGAUCGAGCUGCGCGAGAAGCAGCAGCGCAUCGCCUACCGCAUCAACCGGGGGCCCUCGACCGGCUUCUGGGUGCCCGCCAAGGGCCAGAGCAUGAACAUCAUGUUCUACAGCUGCAACGGCUUCAGCCUGAGCGCGGACCCCAACCAGUUCAGCGGGCCGGACCCCAUGUGGCGCGACGUGCUCAACGCGCACCAGAGCCAGCCGUUCCACCUCAUGAUCGGGGGCGGCGACCAGAUCUACAACGACCGCUGCAUGCAGGACACCACCGUCUUCAAGGAGUGGCUGAUGAUCAAGAACCCGCUGCACAAGCACAACGCCCCCUUCACGCCCGAGAUGCAGGACGAGCUCGAGCGCUUCUACCUCGAGCGCUACGCCAUGUGGUUCUCCCAGGGCCUGUUCGGCAUGGCCAACGCCCAGAUCCCCAUGGUCAACAUGUGGGACGACCACGACAUCAUCGACGGCUUCGGCUCGUACCCGCACCACUUCAUGAACUCUCCCGUCUUCUCGGGUCUCGGCAACGUCGCCUUCAAGUACUACAUGUUGUUCCAGCACCAGAGCGUCGUCGCCGAGACGGAGAAGACGGAGCCCAGCUGGCUGCUCGGCGUGCGCCCGGGGCCGUACAUCAACGAGCUCAGCCGCAGCCUGUUCAUGUUCCUGGGCGGCAAGGUCGCCCUGCUGGCCGUCGAUGCCCGGACCGAGCGGACGCGCGAGGAGGUCGUGCGCGAGGACACGUGGAAGAAGAUCAUGGAUCGCUGCUAUGCCGAGAUCGACAAGGGCGAAAUCGAGCACUUGCUGGUCCUGCUCGGCGUGCCCAUCGCGUACCCGCGGUUGGUGUGGCUCGAGAACAUUUUGACCUCGCGGGUGAUGGACCCCGUCAAGGCGCUCGCCAAGCUCGGCAUGUUCGGCGGUCUGCUGAACCGGUUCGACGGCGGCGUCGAAGUUCUCGACGACCUGGAUGACCACUGGACCGCCAAGAGCCACAAGCAGGAGCGCAGCAUCGUGAUCGAGGACCUGCAGGAUCUCGCGGCGGACAAGUCGGUCCGCGUUACCAUUCUGAGUGGCGACGUCCAUCUCGCCGCCGUCGGGCAGUUCUACUCGAAUCCCAAGCUCGGGCUGGCCAAACAUAAGGACUUCCGUUACAUCCCCAAUGUCAUCUCGUCGGCCAUCGUCAACACGCCGCCUCCUGACCUCCUUGCCGAUGUGCUGAACAAGCGCAACAAGGUGCACCACUUCGACAAGGAAACCGACGAGGACAUGAUCCCCCUCUUUGCCCACGGCGUCGACGGUAAGCCGCGCAACAACAAGCACCUCCUCCCGCAUCGCAACUGGUGCGCCAUCCGCGAGUACGUCCCCGGCCACACGCCACCAUCCAGCCCUGGCCAGUCCACCUACGACGUUGCCUCGUUAGGCUCGGUCCCGGGCACGCCCGGCGGGGAGGUCCGCCGGAGUAGCAGCAUCUUUCGGCGGCUGACCCGGUCCAAAACCAUCGGCCCGGACGGCAGACCGAAAGACCGGUCCCGGCCGCCCGUGUCUGGCGGCUUGCUGCGCUCCCUCUCACGCCGUGCGGGAGCGGCCAGCGCGGAUGAAGUCGGCAGGUCCGGACCGCCCAAGCAAGGCUUGCUCACCCGGACGUUGUCGUCCGCCUCCGUUUCUGGCCGCUUCGGCGGGCUCUUCCGGCGCCGCAGCACCAGCGAGAGAGCGCGCGAUGAUGGCGGCAUCAACGGUACCUGGGGCCCGGAUACGGACGAUGAGGACCCGCGGUUCCAGCAGCAGCAGCAGCAGCAGCAGGAGCAGCAGGAGCAGCAUCAGUUUGAGCAGUACGGCCGCCCUGGCGGCAGUGCUGGUCCUGGUGCGGUUAAUCUGCGGGGCGGCCUGGCGAGCCAUCCCGGGGGCUACAACAACGAGUACGACCAAACCGACGAGAGCCACUCCUCGGUCAGAGCCCCGUACCCGCACCCCGGCGAUGACGACUACGACGACGACGACGACUACCGUCCGCCGGUGCCGCCCAAACCCAUCAUGACGGGCGGGGCGGGUGCGGGCCCAGCCGCGCAGCCCGGCUCACGGCAACCGCAGGCGCAAGAACAAGACGGCGACUUCGUCCCCAGACCCUUCCACCGCGCCCCGACGACGCUCUCGGUAAACCAGCGCAAGGCGCUCGGCGGCCGGCUGCCGGAAGACCACUUCGCCGUCAACCUGGAGGGCGCCCUGGAGGUGACGCUCAACGUGGAGAUUAGCCCGCGCGACCCGGGCGGCAGCACGGUCCCGUACCGGCUGGUGGUGCCACGGCUGUGGUACGAGUACGAGGCGGAAGAGACCGAGGACGGACUCCACCCCGAGGGUGCGGAGCGGGAAGGACCCGAGGCCGGCGAGGCCGCGGGGGAGAAGAAGGCGGGGAUCAAGAGGUUGUUGAGUCUGAAAAAGAGAGGCUGAAAAAAAAAAAGAAAGAAAUAAAAGCGAGGGGAGAGGUCAAGUGAGUGAGUGAGUGAGUGAGUGAGCGGGAGAGUCUGGGCAUGUUCGGGCUUCGGGCGAGGUUGUGUGGGUAUAUAUCUCUAUGAGUUAUGAGUUAUGACUUGUUGGAUAUGAUGAGUUAUGAGGCAUGUAUGUACGGAUGACGGAUCAUGACACGGUUUCGUAUGAUGUUUGUUUUGUUUUGUUCAGCGUCUG